GUCGCGAGUCUCCACGUCAUAUUAACUCAUAGAUGACGUCUGUACGCCCCAAGGGAUCACGUUAGUAGUUCAUUGUUGACGCAAUGCCAGGAGUCGUCAGGAGUCGCAUAUAAGCCAAAGUGACGGCUGAUGGGACGCUGAGACUGUGGAGCAGAGAAAAUUUAAAUACGGAUGUUUUGUUUUUUUGUUUGUUUGUUUUUUAGAUAAACUCUUGGAAAAUCUUAGGCAGAAAAUUGGGGCUGUGGAUUAAAGUUUGCUUUGAAGCGCUCGCAGACACCAUACCGUUGCCUCUCAGUGAGCUGUGGCUGCGCAAUUUGGGCGAGGAGUCACAUAAAAGCCAAAGUGACGGAUGAUAGGACGCUGAAGACUAUAGAGCGAAAUUUAGACACGAGAUGAUCUGGACCAUUCUUCUGCUUGUUCUUUGCUAUUUUCUCCUCACGCGCAGGCGGAGAUCCAAAGGGGAACCACCUCUUGACAAAGGAAUUAUCCCAUGGUUGGGUCAUGCCCUUGAAUUUGGAAAAGAUGCUUCCAAGUUCAUAAAUCGAAUGAAGCUUAAACAUGGCAACAUUUUCACAGUGCGGGCUGCUGGUCGCUACGUGACGUUACUGUUGGAUCCACACUCUUAUGAUGCUGUCAUCAGUGACUCUGAUUCACUGGACUUUACACGCUACGCACAAGUGCUCAUGGAGAGGAUUUUCAACCUGCAGCUCCCAUUUGACCAGCCAGCUAAAGCCAAGAAUAUAAUGAAAAGGCAUUUCCAAGGAAAGAAUUUAACCAUGCUGAAUAGGACCAUGAACAGGCACUUGCAGGCCUUGAUGAAAGCUGAGAUGCCGCAAAACCAGAGAGACUGGAAAGAAGAGGGACUUUUCAACCUCUCUUACAGCUUUCUUUUUAAGGCGGGAUAUUUGACUCUGUUUGGUGGAGAACAGAACAAUAACAGCACAGAUCCUUCAAGCAUCUUCGAGGAGUACAAGAAGUUUGAUGGCCUCUUAACCAAAUUGGCAAGAGGCACUCUAAAAGCAGAGGAGAAGAGAACAGCACAGAGUGUUCGGGCGAGACUGUGGAAGCUUUUGGCUCCAGCAGGUCUGACUGAGGACUCGGGUUCAAGCCCCUGGCUCCACGCCUACAGGCAGCUCCUGCAGGAGGAUGGGGUUGAUGACGAGACACAGAGAAAAGCUGUGCUCAUGCAACUCUGGGCUACACAGGGUAAUGCUGGUCCUGCUGCAUUUUGGCUGUUGGGUUUUCUGUUGACAAAUCCUGAAGCUAUGAUGGCGGUUAAAAGGGAGUUUGGCCAGAUCUCACAGAUGGACACCUCGGAAACUCCUCUCAUGGACAGAUCCGUGAACACCCCAGUGUUUGAUAGUGCCUUGGAAGAGACACUGAGACUCACUGCUGCCUCCUUCAUUACAAGAGAAGUAGUGCAAGAAAAGAUCCUCUACAUGGCUGAUGGCCAAGAGUACCUGCUACGAAAGGGAGACAGGGUGUGUUUGUUCCCCCUCAUCAGCCCACAAAUGGACCCUGAGAUUUACCAUGAGCCACAGGAAUUUAAGUACGACCGUUUUCUAAACAAGGAUGGCUCGAUGAAGAAGGAUUUUUACAAAGGAGGGAAGCAGCUAAAGUAUUACACCAUGCCGUGGGGGGCAGGUACCAAUGGCUGCGUAGGAAAGAUGUUUGCCAUCAACAUCAUCAGACAGUUUGUUUACUUGUUGUUGACGAACUACGAUCUGGAGCUCUGUGACCCAAAUGCUCAGAUGCCAGGGAUAGAUGCCAGCCGUUAUGGAUUUGGGAUGCUACAACCUGUGGGAGACUUGCUUGUUCGAUACAAAACAAGAGAAACACAAUAGGAGAAAAAUGUAUUUUUUUAUUUAUAUAUUAUUUUUUAUAUUUAUCAAUAAAUGUGAAUAUGUUGUA